GCAAAUAACCAUAUUUGUUUGGCUCAGGGGAUUUCACACGGUGUGGCCGAAUGUCCGCUACUGAUAGUUCGAUUACGAACAGUCCUUCCAAUACAUGCAGCUUUAUUGUGGACCGGGACCAGAUCCCACAAACCGAGGCUACCGAAGUGCGCGGCAUGCCUAAUGUGCUCGCUUACGAUCAGACUGAAUUAGAGGCUGGAGUAUUACGACAGGCAGUGAGCGCAUUCAACACGCAUACGGAACGCGAGAUUACGAAGACACAACAACGCUUACAGUGUAUCGAUCAGGACAUAAAGUUUGCAAACGAUGAAUUGGAAAAUAUGGAGAAAGAACUCGACGGGAUGCUUAAAGUGUCCACUGCAAAUUCCCGCAAACUUCGUAACCUUGAGCUAGAAACCGAGAACAAAAUGAGACACAUUGAUACGCUGAAAGCCCGAAGACAGUCACUGGUGUCCAAGCUCUCCAGACUGCAGUUCUCGCGUGAAGAGAACGGAUUUGCUGGUUGUAUAAAUACCGUUUCCACAACUGAAGAACGGAAAGUGCCUUGCGUUUCCGUUUCCAAACCAUCCACUAGCUACAACAGUGAGGACAAGUCUGCUGCUACAAGCGCGCGGCAACCUCUCCGGAUGCCAACGCCGAAGCAGACGCAGCAAAACGCGAAGCGUCUCCUUGCAGCAGCUCGAAGACUGCACAGGGAACGUCAUAUGGAUGACGCUAGCACCGAGCAGUUUCUGAGCCGUCUACGUCGCAAGCGCAAGCUCGAAGUUUUGCAAUGUGAGAUGGCCCGUGAAAAUGAUGAACCACUAACAACUGCCCCAGACGACGGAGUGUUGGACGCGAAUUUUCGUGUUCCUAGUCGCAUCUGGUCUCGUUUGUUUGAUUAUCAACGAGCAGGUGUAAACUGGCUGUGGAGCAUGCAUAUGAAGCGGAGCGGAGGAAUUCUGGGCGAUGAAAUGGGUUUGGGGAAAACGAUCCAGGUGAUUGCUUUCCUCGCUGGACUCCACUAUUCCGAUUACUAUCUCAAAAGACAGUCUAGUUUCGGCGACGACAGAGACGCGGCGUCACCUUUGUCCAUUCUGAUUGUUUGCCCGGCGACUGUUUUACAACAAUGGAUGCGAGAGUUCUACGAAUGGUAUCCGGCAAUAAGGAUCAUCAUUCUUCACUCUACCGGCUCCGGUUACCGUAAACCAGCCGCUCUUGUUCGCACUGCAAUGCAUCAUCCAGGAACUGUGUUGCUUACAACUUACAACACUUUAGUUGCCUAUCAAGACUUGCUCACCGCCCCAAAUACAUCCUGGACUUAUAUCAUAUUAGAUGAAGGACACAAAAUCAAAAACCCUGAGGCUGAAAUUACUUCCGCUGUGAAAAGAUUCGCCACUCCCCACCGUCUAAUUCUCUCUGGCAGCCCGGUUCAGAACAAUCUCCGCGAGCUGUGGUCCGUUUUCGAUUUCGUCUGCCCAGGCCGCCUAGGUCCAUUGGCCGAUUUCAUGCAACAGUUUUCCAUCCCCAUCACGCAGGGGGGUUAUGCGUCAGCUUCCCCACUUCAAGUGGAAACUGCCUACCGUUGUGCCUGCACUCUGCGCGACCUCCUCAUGCCGUACUUACUCCGUCGCCUGAAGUCAGACGUACGUAUUCAACUCCCAUCCAAGUCCGAGCAGGUUCUUUUUUGCCGUCUAACGGGUUAUCAACGUCAAUUGUACGAAGAGUUCACUGAAUCGCAACUGUGCAAAGAUCUGCUGAACGGCAAAGGAAAUGUCUUCGAAGCGCUCAUUCUUCUGCGGAAGUUGUGCAACCACCCAGACUUGGUGACCGGAGGGCCGAGGGAUCGCUUCGAGUCUGCUGAGGCCACGUCGGCGGCAGAGGCCGGCGAUUUGGAUCCGGCAUGCCUUCAGCGAUUCAGUUGGACACGCUUCGGUUGUCCUUUGCGCUCGAGCAAAAUGAUCGUGGUUUCGUCGCUGCUUCGUUCUUGGUCUGCUCAGGGCCAUAAGGUGCUCCUUUUCUCCCAAAGCCGCCGAAUGCUGACCUUGUUGGAACGUUUAAUCGUCACGCUUGGUCUAAGUUACCUCCGGAUGGACGGAUCAACCCCAGUCGGUCAACGCGCUUCACUAAUUGAACAAUUCAGCCGCCCCACUGAACCUGGAUAUUCCAGCGUGAAUGUCUUUCUGCUAACCACUCGGGUCGGUGGUUUGGGCAUCAACUUGACUGCCGCCAGUCGAGUGCUCAUCUAUGAUCCGGACUGGAAUCCGACCACCGAUCUACAGGCUCGUGAACGGGCUUGGCGUAUCGGCCAGACACAGAAUGUGGUCAUCUACCGGCUAUUGACUUGUGGAACCAUAGAAGAGAAAAUUUAUCACCGGCAAAUUUUCAAGCAGUUUCUUACCAACCGCGUUCUAAAAAACCCUCGCCAGCAGCGAUUUUUCAAGACCAACGAUUUGUACGAACUGCUAUCAUUUGACGAUUCCCUCUCUGCGGAUGGUGAUCGUGGUAAUCACAGUAGCCGGUUAUCGGAAACGGCGAGUUAUGUGAAAUCGGAAGGGUUUGGGCACAUUGUGCGAAGGAAUAUAGUCGGAAAAGAUCGACCUAAUCGUUUCGAUUUGCUACUCAAAGAAAAGCUAUCGCAAAAAACACAUUCGACAAAUAAAAAUCCAGUUGAUGAUGGGGAUGAAGGUCUCCAGGCAAGGCAAUCAAGGACCUGUGAUUCUAACGUCCAACAAUUUGCUCAACCUCUUGAUCCAUCUAAAGAUCGGGAAAAACGUCUUCGUUUACUUGCUCGUGAGUUGAGUCGCCGCAUUGCUGAAGGGCGGCUGGGUCAGAGCUCGUCACCUUGUACCGAGGAACCGCGCAUUAAAACUCACCGUACUCACAAACAUAACAAGGGUACACGUGUAGACGGACGAAGAAUCGCUCUGGUCGCACGUCGAUCAACCUACGACACCGGAGAGUCAGGUAAGGCGUCCAAAUCUCGUUCUCCGAAGCGUCCUAGAACAACCGCACUCGACCUUCCUGAUACAUCCAAGGAAGGCGCUCAGAAGGAUGUUUUCUUGAGUGUGCUUCUCUCUCGUCCCGGAACCGCUGAUGACCCGAAUGCUUGUGCUCUGCCAUCUGGUUCUGAUGGGCGUCGUGCUAUCGAUCCGGAAACGCAGGAGGAAGCUGCACGCAUAGCUGCCAAUGCUUUAAAAGCCAUCCAGUGUUUAUCACACGCUUCUCUGAACGGCUCCGGCGUGGCCGAUGUCACUACUUCAGCGAAAAGACCUACUGCGUCCUACAGCAUAAUUGAAUCCCGAUCAACUCCGCCUAAAAUCAGCAAACGCUCAGACACAAAGUCUUCCAAAUCGAGCCAACAACUUUCCGUGAACCGCCCCGUUCUCGAUACUGCUCGAUCCCUUUCCCAGUCAGCUGAUCCACUCACUCGUCUCAGCCACGUUUCCCACAUACUUCAGCACGACAGUCUGAUUGAAAUGCUAACUCAUCAAGAUCGUAUCGAUCCCUCAUUCCGAGACACGGAAGUCCGUCGUUUGGUAACGAACUCUGUAGACGCUCUUGUCAACGAGGCCAAACGCGGACCCCGUGCUACUAGUUUUCAACCGUCUAUUCCCGCACAAUUCAUCAUUGACACUGGCGUCUCACGCGACCUUCCUCUAAAUCUUGCCUCUGUCAAGAACCGCUACCUGUGGAAUCCCAAAGAGGAAACCAGCAACACGUUUCUCUAUCUAACCAACUCCUUGAUGCGGUCCAGUUUAUCGAGCACCAGCGAAAACACAUUUCGUUUUGAUCCAGACAUUUUGACAACAGGAGACGCCAGCCACUUGUUUACCGGUCACGUGCGCUUCAGCUCCACACUUCUACUGCAACUUAUUCGCACUCGAUGCUCUGUCCGGCAGUCUGGUGCCGGGAGCGCUAAUUCAUCCAUCAUCUCGUCGCUCGCAUCCUUGAACAUGCAGCGGCUAUGCUCGGAAUUGAUACGUUUACUCAGUGGCACGACUUUGGUGACAAGCACCGUCCUUGCUACAAAUUUCCGCUCCAUCCUCUCUAGAACAACCUCUACGGCGGAUGACUCAGAGUUAGAUGCCCGUCACUUCCGUGCGUUACUGCGUUGUGUGGCGGAGCGCCGCCGUGCCUCGGGAUCUUCACUAGUAGAACGGCACCGCAUCAAUGACGUUUGGACCUUAAAAGACAACUACCGUGAAGUUGCUCGUUACCUCUCCACCCAGCUGGCUUUGUGUGAGCGGUAAUCAGCAAGUGCUGAGAGAUCGGUUCAUCGCGCUUUCCACUUCAAUUGGUCAUUUCCUUUUUGCAUUUCAAUUGUACAGAUGUUUUUAUAUUUCUAACCCAAGAGAACUACCUGACUUUCUAUCCUGUUUAGCUACACCUUGUACUGUGAUGGAUAGUUCUGCGUGUGCUGUUUCUCGGAAUCACCCCAGAGCAAUUUCAUGACAACUGUGUUACUUUCAAGCUGAACGAUCUGGCAUUCGUUUAUAUUGAAAAUGCUCGCAACUUAAAAUAGCACUGUCCACGGUACGUCGAUUGAUUAUUGGUAGCGUAGAUGAUGUGAUGGACUUAACCUUCC